GUGAAAUAAUUCAGGAGUGGCUUGAAAAGCAUGGUCCUUUUGAUGCUGUUAUUGAUGGUGCCAAUGUGGGUCUUGGUAAUCAACAUCAGUUCAGCUUUAUCCAGCUCAAAAGAGUUGUAUAUCAAAUGCGUCAGAUAAGUCCUUCAAAAAGAAUGCCACUCAUAAUUUUGCAUAGAAGUCGUGUAACUGGAGGUCCUGCACAAAAUCCUAAUAAUAAGAAAUUGAUAGAGACAUGGAAAGAAUGUGGUGCGCUCUAUGCUACCCCUCUUGGGUCCAAUGAUGACUGGUACUGGUUAUAUGCUGCUGUGCACUCUAAAUGUUUGCUAUUGACGAAUGAUGAAAUGAGGGAUCACUUGUUCCAAUUGCUUGGGAACAGCUUUUUCCCGCAGUGGAAGGAAAAGCAUCAGGUUCGAUUAUCGGUAUCGACAGAAGAUGGACUGAAACUCCAUAUGCCUCCUCCUUAUUCAAUUGUCAUUCAGGAGUCUGAAGACGGAAGCUGGCACAUUCCAACAGCUACAGGUGAUGAUCUAGAGACCCCAAAGCAAUGGUUGUGUGCCACCAGAGCCGGUGAUACUUCUUGAAAUGGGUUUGAAUAAUCAUCAAUGUAAGUCUCCAUUCACUCAUCUGGAAAUGGAGUAUUCUAAUUGAUUAAAAUUAUAAUUUUGGUCCUUGAAGGUCCAAGGUUGUGUCAUUUAGUUC